AUGGCCUCGGGGGAUCGCAUGACAGCAAUAGUCGAGGAUUUUAAGCUUGCAAAUGCCGAGGCGCAGUCUCGUAUUGCUAAGUGUUUCGUAGCGAGACUCAGGAAAGUCCCAGAGCGCAAACGCCCGGCAGUGAGAGACGCGCCCAUUGCUAAUGCUAUCGACGUACGACUUGACAUGUUUGCUCAAGCAUACUGGACCAUGCAUCACUGGCCUAUUCAGGGCUGGGGCAUUCCAGAAACAACAGAACCGGUAACAACACUGGAGGGCCUCUCGAGGAUCCUGCCGGGUCUCCUCGCAAACGACAUACAGAACCUGCAAGGCGUUGUUCCCCCCCAACCAAAGGAGAGGCUUGAUCAGUACAUUGUGGAGUUAUCAGAUGCCGUCCUUGCGAGAUCUGAGGGUGAGCCGAAGCCUGACUCGCUGCCAAAGGAGUGGGAGGCGCUCAUACGCCUCACCGGCACCAUCGCUUCCCGCGAUCUGCUCAGACUGCAAAUUCCCGAGAUAUGGUGCACGCGCGACAUCGCGGAUGUGGUUCCGGAAACGCUACAGGAGGUGGCGGACUUUGCCUUGUCCUUCGACGACGAGUGGGACGUCACUGCCGGUUUCGUGCUAGGUCUCGACGACAAUGGGUACUGUCACUAUAUUUACUGCCGUAACGCCGAAGAAGACGCCAGUGAGGCAGACAAAACAUGGGAGUGGCGCGUCGCCUGUGGUGGCAUAACAAUCAAUGGUGACACGAGGGAAUACGUGGGUGAUCUCGCGGGAUUUCUGCUCUUUUACGCGAACAUCAUCGCCGAAGACGAGAUCGAUGAGUUGAUUGAGACCCGUGUUGGACAGCUUGAAAGAUUGAAUUUGUGA